UUUUCGCGACAUUUACGAGCUGAGCUUCGUCGUUUAUACCGGUUUUACGACACGCCUACGUGACCCGUCAUCUCCGCCUUUUUUUCAUCCUCAUUUUUCGUCAGAAUAACUCCGCCAUCAUGUCUAACGUGUUUUUCCCUUAUUCCAAGGCGCCUUUGCGCACUAUCAAGGAAAUUCAGUUCGGUCUCUUUGCCCCCGAAGAGAUCAAGCGCAUGAGUGUGGUUCACAUUGAAUACCCCGAAACACUGGACGACCAACGUCAACGGCCUCGGACUAAGGGUAUCAACGACCCUCGACUCGGUACAAUCGAUCGUCAAUACAAUUGUGAGACUUGCGAAGAGGGCCCAAAGGAAUGCCCUGGACAUUUUGGUCACAUUGAACUCGCGUCUCCAGUGUUCCAUAUUGGUUUUCUGACGAAAAUCAAGAAGCUUUUGGAGACAGUUUGCCACAACUGUGGAAAGAUCAAGGCCAACACGGCCGAUUCGAAGUUCACAGACGCCCUUCGUUUCCGCGACCCAAAACGUCGAUUUGAUUCCAUCUGGCGACUGUCCAAGGAUGUCUUGGUAUGUGAAGCCGACGCGCCUGCUGAUGAUGAGGAAUUUUCGAAGGAGUCCCAGAAGGGCCGCUCCCAUGGAGGCUGCGGUAACGCCCAGCCCACCGUUCGGAAGGAAGGAAUCUGCUUGGUUGGAACAUGGAAGCCUAGCAAAGCUAUGAUGGAGGACGAGAUGGCUCAACCAGAGAAGAAGGUCAUUACUCCCACAAUGGCCUUGAACAUCUUCCGAAACAUCUCCAUCGAAGAUGUCCGCAUCAUGGGACUCAGCAAUGAUUACGCUCGUCCCGAGUGGAUGAUUCUGACUGUCUUGCCCGUCCCUCCUCCGACCGUUCGCCCUAGCGUCGUGAUGGGAGCCACAAGUGGCGCUCGCGGUGAAGAUGACUUGACUUAUAAGCUCGCGGAAAUUGUCCGUGCGAACCAGAACGUUCAACGCUGUGAGCAGGAGGGAGCACCCGAGCACGUUAUUCGUGAAUUCGAAUCUCUCCUUCAGUACCACAUUGCCACUUACAUGGACAAUGACAUUGCUGGUCAACCCACGGCCAUGCAAAAGGGAAACCGCCCCGUGAAGGCUCUUCGCAGUCGUUUGAAGGGUAAAGAGGGUCGUCUCCGUCAAAACUUGAUGGGAAAGCGUGUCGACUUCUCUGCUCGUACCGUUAUCACAGGUGACCCUAAUUUGAGGCUGGACGAAGUUGGUGUCCCAUACUCAACUGCUCGUAUUCUCACCUACCCGGAAGUUGUCACACCAUACAAUAUUGAGAAGCUCCAGAAGUUGGUUGCAAACGGACCUAACAUUCACCCUGGUGCGCGAUACAUUGUUCGUGAUAAUGGUGAACGUAUUGAUCUUCGCCAUGCUAAGCGUGCGGGUGCUCAGCAACUGCUGUAUGGUUGGAAGGUCGAGCGUCAUCUUGACAACGGUGAUUAUAUUCUGUUCAACCGUCAGCCAUCUUUGCACAAGGAAUCUAUGAUGGGUCACCGCGUCCGCGUUAUGCCCUUCUCUACAUUCCGCAUGAACUUGUCUGUCACCAGUCCCUACAACGCUGAUUUCGAUGGUGACGAGAUGAACUUGCACGUCCCCCAGGGUGAAGAGGCGCGCGCUGAGCUUGCUGAGCUCACUUUGGUCCCGAAGAACAUUGUUUCUCCGCAGCGUAACGGACCUCUGAUGGGUAUUGUGCAGGAUACUCUCUGUGGGAUCUAUAAAAUUUGCCGUCGUGACACCUUUCUUACCAAGGACCAAGUUAUGAACCUCAUGCUGUGGGUUCCUGAUUGGGAUGGUGCCAUUCCACCUCCCGCAAUUAUUAAGCCUCGCCCCCGUUGGACUGGAAAACAGAUGAUCAGCAUGGCUUUCCCCUCUGGUCUGAACCUUCUACGUGUUGACAAAGACGGCUCGCCUUUGGCUGAGAAGUUUAGUCCUCUCAGUGAUGGAGGUCUCUUGAUUCACGGCGGACAGCUGAUGUAUGGUAUGCUCUCCAAGAAGACGGUCGGUGCCAGUGGUGGUGGUGUCAUUCACACCAUCUUCAACGAGUACGGCCCUGACACUUGUGUCAAAUUCUUCAGUGGAGCUCAAACCAUCGUCGGGUACUGGUUGCUGCACAACGGUUUCAGUAUUGGUAUCGGUGACACCAUUCCCGAUCAACUUACUAUCAACAAGAUCGAGGAGGCCGUUCGCAACAGAAAACAGGAAGUCGAGGAGAUCACGGCUAGUGCCACCGAGAACACAUUGGAGGCCCUUCCUGGUAUGAAUGUGCGUGAGACAUUCGAGAGCAAGGUCUCUCGUGCUUUGAAUAAUGCCCGUGACGAAGCUGGUGAUGCAACGGAAAAGAGUCUCAAGGAUCUGAACAACGCCAUUCAAAUGGCGCGGUCCGGUUCUAAGGGUUCGGCAAUCAAUAUUUCGCAGAUGACUGCCCUUGUCGGACAACAGUCCGUGGAAGGCAAACGUAUUCCGUUCGGCUUCAAGUAUCGUACCCUUCCUCACUUCACCAAGGACGAUUACUCUCCCGAGUCCCGUGGAUUCGUCGAGAACUCAUACCUCCGUGGCUUGACUCCUACCGAGUUCUUCUUCCACGCCAUGGCUGGUCGUGAAGGUCUGAUUGAUACUGCUGUUAAGACUGCCGAAACUGGUUACAUCCAGCGUAAGCUGGUCAAGGCCCUCGAGGAAGUUAUGGUCAAAUAUGAUGGCACUGUGCGUAACUCGCUUGGAGAUAUCAUUCAGUUCAUCUAUGGAGAAGAUGGUCUCGACGGUGCCCACAUUGAGAACCAGCGUGUGGAUCACAUCAAGUGUUCCGAUGCGAAGCUCAUGGACCGAUUCCGUGUUGAUGUUAUGGACCCCGAGCGAACCCUCGGCCCAGAGAUUUUGGAACAAGCCAACGAAAUUGCCGGCGACAUCGAGGUACAGAGAUACUUUGAUGAAGAAUGGGAGGCCAUUCUGAAAGACCGUGACUUCCUGCGCACUGUGGUCAAGGAGGACGAAGAGAUGAUGCAGCUUCCCAUUAACGUCCAGCGUAUCUUGGAAAUGGCUCGAACCACUUUCCGUAUUCGCGAGGGCACAAUCAGUGAUUUGCACCCCGCUGAGGUCAUUCCUCAAGUUCAGCAGCUCUUGGAUCGCUUGGUGAUCGUUCGUGGUAACGAUCCCAUUUCGCAAGAGGCCCAGGUUAAUGCAACCUUGCUGUUCAAGGCACAACUGCGCAGUCGUCUCGCUUUCCGCCGCCUUGUCACCGACUAUUCGCUCAACAAGCUUGCAUUCCAGCACGUAUUGGGCGCUAUUGAAAGUCGUUUCGCCCGCGCGGCAGCCAACCCUGGUGAAAUGGUCGGCGUUCUUGCGGCUCAGUCUAUUGGUGAGCCCGCGACUCAAAUGACACUGAACACUUUCCACUUUGCUGGUGUGUCAUCCAAGAACGUCACGCUUGGUGUUCCACGUCUUAAGGAAAUUCUCAAUGUUGCCACGAACAUUAAGACGCCAUCCAUGACUGUGUACCAAGAAGGCAUGAAGACCCACGAUAAGGAGGGUGCUAAACUCCUCCGAAGUCUCGUGGAGCACACUAGUCUGCGCUCGGUGACGGAGUCGACGGAGAUUUACUAUGAUCCCGAUAUUCAGUCCACUGUCAUUGAGAAUGAUAGAGACAUGGUGGAGUCAUACUUCAUCAUUCCUGAAGAUAAUGCCGACGACGCAUCUCAGCAGUCGAAGUGGUUGCUCCGUAUCGUCCUCAGUCGCCGCUCUCUUCUUGACAAGGGUCUCACGGUGCAGGAUGUUGCUACAAGGAUCAAGCAGGCAUACCCUCGUGAUAUUGCAGUCAUCUUCAGUGAUAACAACGCUGACGAGCAAGUUAUUCGUAUCCGUCAGGUACAAGACUACAAGGAUGACGAUGAUGAAGAUGUUGAGUACGACGUCACCUUGAAGAAGCUUGAGCAGCACCUGCUAGAUACUUUGACCCUUCGUGGAGUUCCCGGCGUGGACCGUGCGUUCAUUAACGAGAAGAGCAAGGUCCGUGUCAUCGAGGAUGGUACGCUUCACACCAGCAAAUCCGAUCCUCUUUGCAAGGAAUGGGUCCUGGAAACCAGUGGAUCUUCCUUGGCUGCUGUGCUUACGAUUCCGGGCGUCGACGCUUCGCGCACCUACUCUAACCAGUUCAUCGAGAUUUUCGAGGUCUUCGGUAUUGAGGCUGCCCGUACAGCUGUGCUUCGCGAAUUGACGCUCGUGCUUGCCUUUGACGGUUCUUACGUUAAUCACCGUCACUUGGCUCUGCUGGUCGAUGUAAUGACUGUGCGUGGUUAUCUGACUCCUGUUACUCGUCAUGGUAUCAACCGUGCCGACAAUGGUGCCCUCAUGCGUUGUUCGUUCGAAGAAACAGUUGAGAUUCUGCUCGAGGCUGCUGCGUUCGGAGAGCUCGACGAUUGCCGCGGUGUGUCGGAGAAUUUGAUCCUUGGACAGAUGGCGCCCGCCGGAACGGGUGAGUUCGACGUCUACCUGGACCAAAGCUUGCUCAAUACCGUUGUGUCCAACAAUGCACGGUACGGCCUUAUGGGUGCAGUUGGCGCAAAGGAUGCUAUCAUUUCCGACGGUGCUGCCACUCAGUAUGACACUGGUUCUCCCAUGCCCAGCUCCCCAUACAUGGCCGGCAGCGACCCCCAUUCAACGUUCUCGCCUAUGCACCAGAUUGGCCAGGAGCCUACUGGAGGUCUCACCGAGUACCAGGCUAGCACUACCUUCGGUGGCUUCAGUCCCGCGCCUCGCAGCCCCGGUGGUUACUCUCCAACAAGUCCCUUCAAUACUAGCCCGACGUCUCCUGGAUACUCUCCGUCUUCAAGCUAUUCACCGACGUCUCCUGGCAUUGGCAUGACAAGCCCGCGAAUGAUGACCUCUCCUGGGUUCUCACCUUCUAGCCCAUCGUUCCAACCCACGUCUCCGGCCUACUCGCCGACCUCGCCUGCGUACGGCCAAGCGUCGCCCACAUCUCCUUCCUACUCUCCAACUUCGCCUGGGUUCUCGCCGACGUCGCCUAACUACAGUCCGACUUCCCCUAGCUUUAGCCCGGCCUCGCCGGCGUUCAGUCCGACUUCGCCGAGCUACAGUCCCACCAGUCCCGCGAUUGGUGGUGCUCGACACCUGUCCCCAACAUCUCCCACAUCCCCCAAGUACACACCAACUUCACCUGGUUGGUCUCCUACGAGCCCGCAGUCAUACUCGCCGACUUCUCCAAACUUCUCUGGUUCCCCGACGUCGCCUACCUCUCCGGCGUACAGCCCGACAUCCCCGGCGUACAGCCCUACGUCGCCGCGCCAGUGA